GCUCAAGCCGCUGGUUUCAAAAGCCUGGCGCGUUAAUUUUCGUUAUUUUGUUUUGAAGGUUGGGGAGUGUCGUCAUAUGUUUGUUAUGACUAGUCCUGAAGAUUUAAGCAGCUCAGAAAUACAAGCAUUUAUCACAAAAGUCAAGAGUUUACCCGGUGGAACAAACAUUCAACAAGAUGAAGCUGAGAAAGCCGCUCAUCUCUACCUCAGGGCUCGUAAAAGAGAUGUUGAACGUGCUGUGGAAUUAUACAAAGCUAACAAGCGAAUGCGGUAUACAGAAAAUGUAGACUCAAUUGAUCCUUUAGAAGAUGGCGUUCGAAGGGAACUAUUAUCUGGGAAGUUUACUGUGCUACCUACACUUCCUGAUGACGAAAUGGAUGCAACUAUUGCAAUAUUUACUGCUUACCGUCAUUGGCCCCCGUUAACUACACACAGAGAUACUUUGAAGGGUGUUCUCUACCAGUUGGAUGCUGCAAUGAUGGAUGAACAAUCACAAAGAAAAGGACUUAUUGUACUUUAUGAUAUGCGUGAUACAAAAUAUUCAAAUUUUGAUUAUCAUCUCUGUAUUAAAUUAUUAAAUUUAUUCAAGGGUGUUUAUCCAGCACGCUUGAGAAAAGUGAUUAUUAUUGAACCACCAUUUUGGUUUCGUGCACCAUUCAAUGUACUUCGAUUAUUUGUUCGAGAGAAAAUGCGUGAUCGGAUCUAUUCUGUUGGUUAUGAUGAAUUAAGUGUGCAUUUGCCAAAUUCCACAUUAAAACGUUUAUUUGGUCAAUUUAAUCCGAAUCAACAUUUUGAUUGGCUGCUGAAUUGUCUUAAACGAACUGGUCAUGCAUCACGUAUACCUAGUGAUUAUUUCACAAUGCCACCGUCGCUACCUCAAUCCCCAUCAAUCUAUCAAAGUUAUCCACCACCGGCUCAUCACCAUCAUCCCUUGCUGGGCAAUGAAUUUGUUGUACAACUUCAUUUAUAUCAUAAUGAAGAAUUAGAUAAUGCAAAGAGUAAUAAUAUUGUAACACUGCCUCGACGCAGUAAUACCAACAUAACAGAUCUUCCCCGCUUUCCUACUGCUUUCCACGGAUCAUUACGUGUUCCAGUGAAAAAUCGACGAUGUUCUGAAGAUUCUAUGUGUACAAUUAUGUCCUCUUCGACAUUAGGAGGUGGUGGGCGAGCAGGAGGAGUUGGUAGUUGUGGCAGUGGCAAUGGAACAGGUUCAAUAACACCAACAAAUUCACAAUUAUUAAGCACAAUGAAUGGAUGUCAUCCAACAAUUGACGGUUUACAGACAUCACCAUUACCUCGACGUGGAUUAUUAGCGACAAAUAAUACUAAUCGUAUGACUGAUUCAAUGUUCGAGACAUCAUCACCUUUUAGUAAUGGACGUAUCCUUUAUCGAUCUGAUCGUCAUUUCUCUCAGUCCAGUAUUAUGAAAAAUAGAAGCAGUACUAAUAAUAGUAAUAAUAAUAGUCUAACAAAUUCUACUGUUGUCACCUCAUCAUCGUUGUCGGCAAAAGAAGGGGGCGAUCGAUUGUAUGUAACAAAUCCUGUGUCAGAAACACGUUUAUCUAUAUCAGAAUUUAUUACUCGAGUGGAAAGUGUUGGUUCCAUGGGAUUAAUUGCUGAAUUUGAUGCAUUAUUUAAAGAUUCACCGGUUAAAGGAGCUUGUACACGUUUUGCACAUGCUUCCAACAGACGUCGUAAUCGUUAUCUAGAUGUUCCUUGCUUAGAUUCAACUGGUAUUGAAUUGUCUGAUAAUACGUACAUUCAUGCCAAUUGGGUAGAUGGUUAUCGAUGUCCACGGGCGUAUAUUUUAGCACAAGGUCCUUUAGAGAAUACAAUCCGUGAAUUUUGGAUGACUGUCUGGGAGCAUAAAGUUGUCACUAUAAUUAUGCUGACUAAAGUAAUUGAAGGUCAACGCCCUAAAUGUGCAUUAUAUUGGCCUACGAGAAAUUCUUCUUCAAAAUAUCAAAAUCUCUAUCAUAAUAAUAAUAACCAUAAUCAUCGUUCUGUUGAUGCCGGUAAAGAAGCUGACGCCAAAUUACCAAUCAGCGCCAAUUAUGGAGAAUUUCAAGUGACUAAUUGUGAUGAAUUUAUUGAGGCUGGUGGAUUGUAUCGACGUAGUGUAUUAGAGGUGACGCGUAAAUCCACUACAACUAUCAACUCGAGUAAUACUACUAACAAUACUGUCAGUAGUACAGAUCGUAGCCGGCAAAAAGCUAAAAGUUAUAUUCAAAAUGGUUUAAAGGAUUCCAAUGUUCCAUCGUCAACGAAUCCAUCAGAGAAUAAAUUAGAAGUAUAUCAUUAUUUGUAUUUAGGUUGGCCAGAUUUUGAUGUACCAAUCGAUUCAGAUGGUUUUUUAAAAUUUCUAUUCACUGUUAAACAAAGUCAUAAGACAAGAUCAUCAGUACCGGUUGUCUCACCAUCUUCAUCAUCUCCAUCCCCAUCGCCAUUCGUCGUCGUCGUCGUCUUCAUCAAUGCCAAAUUAUCCUACUUAUAGUAAGAAUUCAAUGUCUACAUCACCACUACUAGUGCAUUGUAGUGCUGGUAUCGGACGUACAGGAACAUUUGUUACAACUGACAUCUGUCUACAACAAGCAAUUAAUGAAGGCUACCUUGAUGUACCAGAGGUUGUCAGCCAGCUAAGAUGUCAACGUGCUGGUGCUGUACAAGUUGCCAAACAAUAUGCAUUUAUUCAUCAAGCACUUGUCUCACAACUAUCAAAACACAAUUACCAACCACCACCACCACCUAUAAGCGAUAAUCAUUGUGAUACUGGUGGCAAUAAAACACCGAAUGCUAAAGACGAUGAUGACACUGGUGGAGUGGGGAUUAGUUAGUUAGUUCAAUAGCUUCUUGAUAAAUUUCUUUUACGGACCAUGGGCUAGGGUGGGGUGAAAUGCGAUGGACAGCCAGAAAAUACUAAAGAAAUCAGAUGAAAAUUGUGUACUUCCCUUUUUUUGCGUGUCUUUUAUUUUUCAUGCUUCCUAUGCUUGUUUGUUUUUCUAUUUGACCUCCAUUCAAAUGACGUUUUUUGAUCUUUAAAAAUGUGCCUUUAUUGAUUUAUUGUGUGUGAGUUGUGUGUGUGUGUGCUGUUUCUAUGUGGUCUUUAUCUUAUUCUUAUUGUUCUCGUAGGCGCUUCCUUAUGCUUACGUCAUACAUACAAAGUUGUUGUUGUUGUUGUUUUCUUGUCAAUGUGUGACUGUGUAUAAUUGUCAUUUAUCACUGUUAAUUAUCUAUCUUUCUAAGAUGUCUCCUCCUAUGUGUGUGUGUGUGUGUACAGAUGUGUCAACAUAAUUCACCACACUCCGUCUACUCACCUUCUCCUACACUAAUGUUUUUGCUAUCUUAAUGUAUCCUCUAAUGUACAGUGGAUUUUAUCUUCAUUAGCUUUCUUGUUCAAUUCAUCAUUCAGUUUUAUUUUUACCGCCAACUUUAUUUAGCGAUUCUUGUAUGUAUACCCUCUUUUUAGUGUUAACUACUUCUAUUUAUUUAUUUAUUUUAUUUUAUUUUUACUUAAAAUCCUCCUCGAAUUUUAUGCUUCUCACUGUAUCAUACAUUACUAUCAUUUUUAUUAGCUAUAAAUUAGUUUAAAUUGAGCGGAUAAGAUGUCGGCGGGAAUUUUGAAUUUUUUUGUUUUGUUUUGUUUUGUUUGAAUGCGUGAAAAAUUGAUGCAUAUAUGUGUGCGUAUGAAUGAAUGUAUCAUUAUUCAUUAAUGACUAAUAGUAGUAAUUCUAUUGCAUUUUUUAAAAAUUGUUUUGUUGUAUAUUUUAUGACUUGUUUUCCUUUGAAAAUCGAUCUUAUCUUAUUUCAUCCAAAUACACAAUGCCAUGAGUGCAUGUACACUCUAGUCCGUCGACAGUUUAGUUUAGUUGAUUUAAGUUAAGGCAUCAAAUGAGUGAGUCAUACGUUAAUCAAUCAAUCGAUCGAUCGAUAAUAAUGCUUCACAUCAUAGUGUGUAGAUUGAGAUAACUGGGAAGACGAAUAGACGUCUGGAUUUGUGUGUGUGUGUGUGCGUGUGUGGGUGUGGGUGGGUGUAUAUCUUUGACCAGUUAUGUGUUGGGACUUUUCUUCUCUUCACAUUUUAUGUACAUACUUCAGCCAUAUUUGAUUUGAUUUAUGUAUUUGUAUGUAUUUAUCUAUCUAUCUAUCUAUUUUAUGUAAAUUGUUUAUAAUUACUUGAAUAGUAGUAUAUUAAAGUAUUACUCCUCAAAAAUAUGCUCUUCGCUUCCCUUUGUGUUGCCCUUCUUCUUCAGUCCUCUUCUCUACUCUAAUUUCGUACAGUGUCAUCAAUUACGACACAAGUUAGUCAGUCAGUCAGUUAACCAGCCAUGUUAUUUUGUAUGUAUAAUCGAUUUCUUCCUGGUACGUCGUCGUAUUACAUCACAAAAAUAAGCAAAAAGAGAACUAUAAUACGCACAAAUAAUCUACUUUUAUGCAUACCUCUUUAAGAUCUUUAAGAGUAAAUCCUAAGUGAUAUUUUUCCAAAAUGCAUUUCGUUUUCAGCAUGCCUCUUCAUCAAAUUGACCUCACUAAUCAUCACCACCUCAUGACCAACUAACUCCUCAAUGAACUGAACAGUUUAUUGCCUCAAUACCCAGCCAGCCAGCCAACCAACCAAUCGACCGACCGACCACUCACAGUUGCUUAUUUGUCUUUCUCUCCCCCCACCCCACCCCUAUUGGUUUUAUUCAUAUUUUUGGUCUUAUUUUUCUUUCAAUAUUCUAUGUACAGUGGUCAAAAACUUGUUUGUUUAUUUUUUUUCGUGUGUGCAUGUGCACGUGUGUGUGUGUGUGUGUGUGUGUUGAUUCACUGUCUUCUGAUUUCAAUGUAUAAGGUGUGUUCUUUAUGUGUACACAGAAAAAGUAAACUCCAAGAGAUUUGUAUUCGUUUAUUGUCUAAAGACUUAAUAUUAUUACUAUUGCUACGAGCUAAUGAUAAUAUACCCUAUUAUAUAUAUUAUUAUUGCAUUACAAUAUUAAUGAAAUAUAAAUAACUAUACAUGUGUAUAUUAUUAUUUCUUUUAA